AUGGAGGAGGGCGAAACGGUCUACUGCCGUUCCCCCACCGAGCACUGGUGGCCGCUACUGCUGGAGAAGGCCUACGCAAAGUUCUACACGCUCUACAGCAACCUUGAAGGGUGCACACAGCAGGAGGUACUUCACGACUUCUCUGGUCAACCAGUGAUCUACACGUCCAUGGCUCCUGAUUCACUUAGCAACCUUUUUUCCUCUUCUCCAAUAGACGUUCGAACACCGCAAUUUUGGCUUUUUCUUCGUUUUGAACUCAGAAGAACAGUGACUGCCGCAUUGUGCUCAAGUGAUAAAUAUGGCUUAAUUGGUUCACAGUCUUAUGCUAUUCUUGAUAUUGUGCCAACCAAGCCGGAUUCCGAAUGUCUGAUGAGUGACCUGCUAGUUGAGCUCUACAGCACCUUCAAGAACUCUUCUUAUACUGGUCCUAUGAAUUCUAGUGACCCCGCUUGGACCGCUACUCUGCAACGUAUGUGUCGCCUAGAAGAGAAUGGAAUUAUAUAUAUCCCGGCCAAUAUUUUUGUCGAUGCCUUUACUGCUGUUCAACAAUGCAUCUUUGAGGGCUUAGCUCAACCAAGCUUUCAUUUCAACAGCGAGUGGGGUGAGAACACCAAUGGAGGCAAUCCCAACUUGACAACAUGGCGAAAUAACCCUCUUUAUGUGGUGCGAAACACAUCAGAUAAACCCAUUCAGUUGCUGUCAAUGGUUUGCCUUCCCGAUCAACGCCACUUGCUUCACAAGAUUCCCGACCAUAACUUGAACUACCCUCAAGUGGGUUUUACUUUGGCACGCACGUUUCCGUCCUCUGCAGACAUUCCAACAUACCUGGUGACCCUAGAUAAUCACGAAUUAACCCACCGAGGGUUGUUUUUCUGCGACCGCGAGGUUAGCGACCUCAUCAUCAUUCCUCCACUUUCCCUCUGCUACCUUGUCCCUAGUUGUAUGUACUACGAUCAAAUGAAAUUCCUAUUGACGUACUGGUAUUUGGACGAGGAUGAUGAAAAGUACCUUAAAAUUACCCGAUUAAAGACCAAUGUGGCUCGUAAUUCACCCGCUACGGCGAACUUUACGCUGCGCAACCAGGGUACCGAUCGUCUCGAUUUCUACGUGGAGACCCCUACUGACAUUCACAUUCUGCUCAAACAACCGAAGGCGACGGCCUCGAGUGAGGGCUAUGUGUUGUCCGAUCAUUACCUGAAUAUGAACCUCUAUGAUGAGCAGGACCAGCGCCUCAAAGGGUCUUUAAUCCCGGUAUGUUAUACCGAAAUGAGUAUUGUGCACCGUUUGCCUGAACCCGGGCGCUACGCCGUUGUCGUUUCCUGCAUUUUUACCAACAGUUCGGUCCCGUGCGAGGUCGAGGCGGUCGGGGUUAAUGCGGCCCACGUUCAACGGAUUUCCUCCCCUGCCAAUCCCGCCGACCUGCGGGUGGUGGACCUGAGUUUUUGCGAAAGCGAGCCCGAGGGUCUCCUGCUCGGGAUGCUCAACCUCAACGAGGACGCGGAAUUUCAGGAAAAGCUGGCCGAGCUCACACGACAAUUGGCGAACCCUAACGCAGACCCGGAUGAAUUCACGGCGUUGAAGAUAACUCUUAACGAACGUUGCCAUGAAAUUGCAAAAGCGAUUAUCGGAAAGGAUCGACCGGAUUACUUGUGCGGGAUGGACUUGCUGAGUCUGAACCCUGUUUUGGAUGCGAAUGAACAGUACAUGGCUUUGGAGCGACAGCGGUAUGAACUUAAGAAGGACCCACGAAACGCGGACCUCGUUUCGAACCUUGAGAGUGAAUUGCGCUCGCUUGCGGAAUCGCUUCAGGGGAGCUACACGAAUACCUUGAAUAUUGACUUUUUACCACCAACUAUCGAAGGCAUCCCAAAGUAUGACCUACCCCUUAUCGUAGACGAAAAGUUCAUGGAGGGCCUGAAAAGGCGUGCCGUACUCUUAUGCAGCUCUGAGGACAAUUCUAGUGCGGUUAAUGAUACUGAAGAGUGGCUAUUGGAGUGUGCCCGAGAAAUUGCGAACGACAUGCAUCGUAAGGAACGGUAUUACCUCAACCCGAACCCCAGCUUUAUUCCUCUCGAGCUCAUACCACUGAAUUCCGAUGACGAAUUCUGUCGGAUGGAGAAUGAGUUGCGUGAGCUCUGUGCAUCUUCCGGACAUAACCAUGAAAAUAUUAAACAGGUGCAAGGUCUCUUGAACCAAUAUGUCGAGCGGAUUGCCGGUGAUUUGAAGCGACAAGAGCGGAACAUGUUUUUGCACCCGGAGAUCGCAAAUAAUGAGUUGAUUCCUUACGAUUCCGAUGAAGAAUUCCACGGCAUGGAAGUACAGCGACUACGAUUGCGAUUCCCAAAAGAUGCAGAUCCAAACUCCGGGACGCAAUCCACGAUUCCCGAGCUCGAGGAGGCGAUGCGUGUGCGUGCCAAUGAACUGUAUGAACUAACCCAAACCAACGAACGAAGCUUUCUUUUAGCGUAUGAUAUCGACCCCGUGCUGAUCAAAGACCUCCUGAGUGGCAGCCCUUCCUUUUGCGAGAAGGAGACACGUUUACGCGAGCUGAAGAAGAACCCCGAGCAGAAUAAAGCGGAAAUUGCCCGACUGCAGAGCGAACUCGCGGCGGACGCGAAGGCGCUCAUGGAUGCGUACAGGGAGUCCGAGCGGCCCAAAUACCUUUCCUCAUCCUACGGCGGCUUGGCUCUCGAGAUGAUCCCGCUUAACGACGAUUCGGCCUUUAUGGAGAUGGAGGCGGAGCUUUUGAAAAUGCUGAACGACCCCGAGUCCUCCGAGGAGGCGAUUGAGGGAUUGGUGGAGCGCCUGAACGCGCACGCGGCCGCGCUCGCGCGGGAUGUUCUCGUGCAGGAUCGCGCUACCUAUCUGCCGGAUACGAUUUUAGGCUUUCCCCGGAGUUUGCUGUCUUUGGACGACGAUGAGGAGUUCGCCCAAUUGGAGGAGGAGCGGGCCCGCAUACUGUCCGACCCAUCGCGCGCCGGUGAGCUCGACACGAUCGAGCAGCGUCUUUUGGCCCACGUCGAGGAGCUGAUGGCGGAGAGGAUUUCCGGCGAGCGCGAGUUUCUCGAUCCCGCGCCCGAGGGGAUUCCGCUGCGGCAAAUCCCAUUUAGCGACGACCCAGCGUUUCACGCGCUGGAGCAAAGCCUAAUUCACCAAACCAACUCGCCUCACCCGGACGAAUCCCAAAUCCAGAACCUACAAGACCGUCUGCGGGCGCGGGUGGGGGAAAUCGCCGCUCAGAUGAAGCGCGAGUUGCGAUCCACGCUGGAGCAGUCCCCGCUGAACGUCCCGCUGAGGUAUCUUCCGCUGGAUGAGGACGACACCUUCCGGGCUCUUGAGGAGGCCUACCGCGACGCCGAGGCCGCCGGGGACUCCUCGCAGGCGGAGAGGUGCAGGGCGAAAUUGAACGCGCGCGCGCGCGAAUUGGCCGCCGAAGUGCGCGAAUCCGAACGGGAGGAGCUCGAGCAAAACCCUCGCGGGAUUCCGCUCGCCGUCCUCCCGCUGGAUACCGACGCGAAGUGCCAAAAACUCGAGGCGCGGCUUCGCGCACUUCGCCAAGAGGGCGCCUCGGAGGAGCAGGUGGCGGAUAUUAUAGCCCAAAUGAAUGAUCGAAUCAAUGAAAUGGCCGAGGAGAUUAUUGAGAAGGGGCGCGGCUUUUUGGAUCAAACCCCAGAGGGGGUCCCAUUAACGAUGCUGCCGCUCGAUACGGACGAGGAGUUUGGUGAGCUGGAGGUUCAACUGGCCACUCUCCAGCAGGAUCCCGAGGGAAAUAAAGACAAAAUUGAGUAUGUGAAGGGGCAACUUGAAAAGAGGAUUGUUGAGCUUGCCAAAGAACAGCUCGAUAGGGAUUUAUCUUCAGUUGAUGAUGCCCCGUGUGGAAUUCCAAAAGAACUUCUCAACUUGGCCGACGACCCGGAGUGCGCUGUCAUCAUCCCCAAGCUUCGCCACCUCCGUAGUAUACCCAAUCCCGACGCCAGCACGGUCUCCCUCAUAAGGAAACUGGAAGAACAGCUCAACGACAGGGCAAACGAAAUUGCCUCCAGUAUGCUAAAGAAUGAUCGCGACUACCUUCAACUGGAUGUUGACGGGGUUAAAUUAGAGGACCUUGAUUACGACGGCGAUGAGAGGUUUCGUGAGAUGGAAGUUCAACGAGCCAUAUUAAAAGCAGAGGAUCCUGUGGGCAAUGCUUCCGCUAUUGCGAAUCUCGAACGCUGUCUUAACAACCGUGCACGGGAAAUGGCCCUAGACUUGAUCAAAGGGGAGAUGAGUGGGAUGAAGAGCACCAUCGAUGGAAUUCACAUCUCAGAGAUAGACCCGUACAAGGAUAAGGUUUUCGCUGAUUUGGCUGCUAAACUUCGUCACUCAAAGCACAAUCCGAUUGCUGGCUUUAAGGAGAAUUUAGAAGAAAUGAUGAACGACCGCCUUAGCGAGUUAGCGAAGGAGAAGAAAUACGGACAGCAUUACUUCCUCGAUCGUGAAUGGGAUGGCGUCCCGUUGAGCGAUGUUCCCUUCCAGAAGAACCCCAUUUUUCAAGAAUUAUGGAGAAAACGCGAGGAGCUGAUUGCACGGGAUCCCGUUGGCAACGCCGACGCGAUCAAACGAAUCGAGGCGGAUCUGAAGAAAUGUGUGCGGGACAUGGCGUGCGAUAUCAAAAAUAAGGACUUGGCAGGUUUAGAUCAGUUCCCUGAGGGUAUUCCGCUCGCUCUUCUUCAUGUUCGAGAGGAUCCUGAGAUAAUGAAGCUUAUUCCACAGUUUAGAGCCGCUCGGCAAAAUCCUAAUAUGCAGGCUGAAGCGAAUGCGAUCGAAAAGAAGAUGAAUAAUCGUGUGCAUGCCAUGGCAAAGGCGGUUCUGCAACAAAACCGACGCCACCUCCUGGGCCCCACCGUUGCCGACCUGGAUGUGGAAGAUCUCCCGUUGGAUGACGACCGCGUUUUCCGCGAUUACGAGGUCAAACUGGCGACCCUGCAACGGCAGGACUCGGGGAGGAACGUCGAGGCCGUCCAGCGCCUCGAGGCCCAGUUCAUCGCGCGCGCGCUCGAGAUCGCGAAGGCGCAGCUGGCGGCCCACCUGCGCGAGCUCGACGCCGCCCCGGAGGGCGUCCCGCUCGCGAUGCUGCCGGCCACGACGGACCCGACGAUGCGUGAUCUCCUGCGGCAGCUGCAGAAGCUCCAGGGCGACCCGUCCUCACCCGCGAGCACCCGGGCGCGGCUCCGCGGCCUCGCCAACGCCCGUCUGCGCGAGCUGGCGAAGCAGCAAAAGGCGGCCGACCUCGCCGGGCUCGAGCCCUCGCCCCGUGGGAUCCCCCUCGCCCUCCUCAACCUGCACGAUAACCCGGCCUUCGCGGAGAUGGUUGACCGGCUGCGUCGCCUGCAGGCCGCGGCCGAGGCCGACCCCGAGGCCGUCGCGCUGCUGAGGGCGAAGAUGGACCAACUCGCCCGGACGGUGGCCGAGUCGGUCCUGACCAGCGGCCGCCAUCUGCUGCCCGAGGUCAUCGAGCACGUCCCUCUUCGCCGGCUGGAGAUCGACGGGGAUGGCGUCUUUGGCCAGUUGGAGCUGAAGCGCGCCGUUUUGCAGCUCGCUAACCCGGCCGCCCCGCGGGAGUCGAUCGCCGAGCUCGACGAGGCCCUCAUGGCGCGCCUCGUCGCUAUGGCCCGCGAUCUUAAGGAGCGGGACUACGACGGGCUCAACCCCAACCCCUACGGGCUCACGCUCGCCCUGCUGGAUCCCCACCGCGAUGAGGCUUUUUCGAAUCUCGUCGAGGAAAAGGCGAAGAUGGGGAAAUUGCGAAAGCAGGAGUUGGUGGCGCCGAUCGUGCGCUCGCUCAACGAGCUCACGGAGCGGCUCGCGGCGCGCCUGGUGAAGGCCGAUCGCUCCUAUUUGGCCCCCGAGCCCGGGGAUAUUCCCCUUCAUCUCCUCCCGUUGGAUACCGACGAGGUUUUUCGCGCGAUGGAGGUUCAGCGGGCGGUUUUGAAGGCGAAGGAUCCGGAGCGAAACGCCGCCGCGAUCGAGGGUCUUGAGCGUCGCCUGAAUGAUCGCGCCUACCAAUUAUCCCUCGAGUUUCUUGCGAAGGACCGGGGGUAUUUAGAUCCUUUCCUGGAGGGAGUGCCGCUGGGGAUUCUUCCGCUGGAUACCGACACCCGAUUUCACCAAAUGGAGGUCAAGCGGGCAAAGCUCAAAAUACGGGACGCGCUGGUGGAUGCGGACUCGAUAAGCGUCCUGGAGAAUAGUCUGACCUAUCGCGCGGUGGAGCUCGCCAAAAAGCAAAUCCAGGAGGACCUGGAAGGCUUGGACAAGGAGCCCGAGGGCUAUCCGAUCGAGUAUCUUCACCCGCAUCAUCACCAAUCAAUCGCGCCGUUGAUGCCCGACCUGCGCGAGGCCAAGCAGCAGAAGGAUGGGGCCAAAACUCGCCAAAUUCAGGACCAGCUUAACCGGUUGUUAAGGCAAAUCGCCAAACAGCAGAUUGUGAGCGAUCGCGAGUUUCUGGAUCGGACCCCGGAGGGAGUGCCGAUUGAGCUGCUCGAUCUGGAGGCCGACUCGGUCUUCCGCGAGGCUGAGAAGAACGUCCGGGCCCUUCAGUCGCUCAAGACGCGCCAAACGUCCAAAAGUGGCCGAUCCCGGCAUAGCAGCAACAGGGGGGUUUUGAAAGAGCGAAAGAUCCUCAUGAAUACCCGGAUCCAUGAGAUGGCGAAGGAGUUGAUUUACAAAAAUCGUGGCUUCCUGAACGCAACGGUGGAAGGGAUCCCCGUGAAUGAGAUUUCCUUGGACAACGAUCACCAAUUUCGCGAGCUCGAGAUCCGGCGCCUGCGCAUCUUACUUUCAGACCCCGCCACCCAGCGCCAUUCCGAGGCUUCGCGCAAUACCGAACUCAGGUCUUUAGAGGAAAAACUAACCCAACGCGCGGGUGAGCUUGCCAGGAGUAUUAAACACGAAAAUCGGCGAUUUUUGCGGCGGACCUCGUUUGGGGUGCCGUGGGAGCUGCUGCCGUUGGAUUCCGAUAAGGUCUUCGUCGCGACGGAGAAGGAACUACAGCAGAAAUUGAAGGCCGGCCAUAGCACUAACGCGGUCCCACCGCUUUACAAUGCCCUGCAAAAGCGCGCGGACCAGUUGGGCGAGGAGAUGGUUAAGGGCCAGCGGGAGAAGUAUCUCGACCUAUCCGACCUCAAGGUCGAGAUCGAGGAUCUUAACCUGGACAAUGACGACGAGUAUUCGGAGGUGGAGGUGCGGCGGGCGAUUUUAUUGGCCGAGGAUCCUUACAAGAACCACGAAACUGCGCUGGAGCUCGAAACCAAGCUGAACGAUCGGGCCCAUUUUAUCGCCAGGGAGCUUAUUCGUGCCGACCGAUCCUUUUUGCCGAAGGAAUUCUUCUCGAUCCCGACGGAGGAUCUUCCCUUGGAUGAGAGCGAUGAGUUUAUCAAGCUGGAACGGCAGUACCGGGCGCAUCGGCGCACCAAGCGGAUGGAUCGGCUCCCUGGGGAUGAGGAACUUCUGAAGGGCUGCGCGCGCGAGCUCGCCGCGAAGGUGCUUGAGGAGGACCUAAGUUGCUUGAAGGACUGCUAUCGCGGGAUCCCCAAGAAAGAGCUUCAUUUGCCUGAAGACCCGGAGUUUCGUACUCUGGCCUGUCGUCGUCGAAAUUACCUGUGGGGCAAAGUCAAGAUGAACACCUCCGACGUGGCAUCCAUCGAGAAGAUGAUGGAUUCCCGCGCGUCCGAUAUUGCGGACGACAUUUUGGCGAAGGAGCUGAUCUUUUUAGAUCGCGAGCCGGAGGGGAUGCUGCUCGAGGAUGUCCCCCUGGAUACUGACCCCACGUUUAUCCGUCUCGAGGCCGAGUACCGCCGCCGCUCCGGCGACCCACGACUGACCUUGACGAACAAAGAGGCCCUCAAAGAGCUUCAGAUCGUGAUGAAUCAGCGCUCCCACGCCCUGGCGGCGGCCGAGUUCGCGAAGCGGCGGGCUUUUAUGGAUCAGGAGCCAGAGGGCAUCCCCCUCAGCGAGCUUUGCCUGGACGAGGACCCCGAGUUCAAGGCGGCCGAGAUCACCAACUACCGAAACCAACGGCUGAAGUCCCCGCGGGACACCGUCGACGCGGAGACCCGAAAGCGCAUGAACCAGCGCGCCCACGAGGUGGCGCUGGUGGUGAUUUCGAACGAUCGCGCCUUCCUCGACCCCGAGCCGGAGGGCAUCCCGCUCAAAGAGCUCCUCCUCGAGGACGAUCGCGUUUUUCAAGAUCUCGCCGUCGAGCGGCGGCGCCUGAUGAAGUCCCAGCGGCAGGGGAACGCCAACGCGAAGUACAAAACCAUCGAGAACCAGAUGAACCAGCGAACCCACGAGCUCGCGCGCGCGUUUCUGAAGGCGGAGCGCAAAUUCCUCAACCCCAAGCCGGCGGGGGUUCCGAUUUCGGACCUCCCGCUGAACUCGAACACCACGUUCCGCAUCCUCGAAAGGGAAAGGCGGGCGAUGAAGGCGCAGCCCAACUACGACCCCGCGGAGUUCGCGGCCGUCGAGGCCGAGCUGAACGACAUGGCCCACAAAAUCGCACUGUCCAUGCUCGUGAAGGAGCGGAUGUUUUUGAACGCGGAGCCGAUGGGGGUCCAGCUCGAGGAGCUCUCGCUCAACCACGACGACACCCUCAAUUCGUUGGAGCAUGAGCGUCGGGGCCUUCUGAAUGAUCGCCACGCCAACCGGGUCACGCUGAACGAGCUGGAGGACGCGAUUACGGAGCGGGUGAACCAAAUCGCGGACGAGUACCUGCAAAAGGAGCGCGAGUUCCUUGACCCGGAGCCGGAAGGGGUGCCGCUGAAGUACCUUCCUUUAAGCACCGACCCACACUUUCACAACAUGGAGCUGCAAUACCGCAAACUGAACCGUUCGCAUGACCCGGAAAAGGUGAACUUGUUAACUAAGCUGCGAAAAAAGAUGCAGAACCGAACUCGCGAUAUGGCCAGAGAGCUGGUGAAUAAGAGUCGCGCCUUCUUGGAUCCCGAGCCACUUGGCGUGCUCAUCGCCGAUCUUCCUCUGAAUUACGACGAGACUUUUCGAAAACUCGAAGAGCAGCGGCGUGUUUUGAAGGAAAAUGAUCCUACCAACGUGGAUGCGAUCAAGAAUGUCGAGAAUCUUCUCAAAAAGCGCACCUACCAGCUAGCGGUGAAGCUUCACGACCAGGAGCGCUCCUCGAUGACGCAAACACCGCUUGGGAUCCCACUUGAAGGGCUCCCGCUGAAUGAGGAUCGCCAGAUUCUCGAUCUCGAGCGAGUGCGUCGCCAAGUGCUCAAGAACAAGGAUUCCAAAAAUAACUUAGAACGGCUCAACGAGCUCGAUCGCGCGCUUGACAAUCGUGCGCUCGAGCUCGCGGUGAAUAUCCUGAAGGAAGGCCGCGCCCACCUCGAUCAGAUGCCCUACGGCGUCCCGAUCGAUGACCUGGAGCUCAGCACCGAUUUGAAGUUCCACGGCCUGGAGCUAGAGCUCUACAACGCCCAAAAAGGCGAUGCCGGGCCGCAGACAAUUGCCGAGCUGCAUGGGAAAAUGACCGAGCGGCUCUACGAGUUGGUCGAUGAUUUUGUCAGCAAGGAACGCUACUACCUGGAUCCGGAGCCCGAGGGGGUUCCGCUUUCGAGCCUGCCGAUCAACACCGACCCUCUCUUUCUGAAGUUGGAGCAGGAGCUUCGGUGGCUGGUGCGGAAUAAAGAUACCUCCGGCCGCGCAGAAAGCCUGCGGGAGCGGAUUCAGAAGCGGGUCUAUGAGCUGGCGUUGGAGAUCUACGGCUGGAAGGAUGUGGAGUUCCACGAUGCGAAUAAGCACGUCGCCCCGAAGUGGCCCCGCAUCGCGGACGUCUUCCCGGAGAAUCGAACGGAGAGUUUUCUCCCCAAGGUCUUAUGCUCCUCCGACGUCGGGGCUUCCCCUCAUGGCACGGGCUACCUUGCGUCCUUUAUCGCGGCCCUGGCGCGUUAUCCCACGCUGCUGCUGCGUCUCUUUGGCGACAAAACCUCCUUUAUUAAUGCCGUCUACACCUUUACCUUUUUCGACUUCGACGGCAAUCCGACCUAUAUCUCCGUGGACGAUCGCGUCCCAUGUGGGGAGGAUCUCCAACCGCUCUUUUUGCAGUCCUCGAAUGGGUUGUGGUACCCAUUGCUACUCGAGAAAGCGUAUGCCAAGUUUAUCGGCGGCUACGACGCCAUGCGGAAUUGUUCCGCGCAGGAGACCAUCCGGGACCUGACGGGGCGUCCGGUCGUGCUCACCCCGCUUGAGCCGCUUUUGGCGAAUGCCGGGAAUAUCAGAAAUUGCACCUUGGUCGACUUUUGGCAUGUGAUUAUGGAGGAUCUAGCCAGCGGAAACAUCAUUGUGUGCUUGUCGAAGGCGGAUGGUGGUGAGAUGGAUGGCAUUCACCCGAUGUGUUAUUACCCACUGCUAGGCGUCAUUAAGACCGUAGAGGCUAGCGACAACCCUUCCGACAUUAUCGUGAAGAUUUUCAACGUGUACCACGGCCACGGCGCGGAGUACAAUGGACCGCUUAACGUAAAUGACCUAAAUUGGACCCCUAAUCUACGGCGUAUCUGUAAAUAUGAUCCCCAACGCAAUACUAAAAUUAUCUGUAUGCCGCUACCGACAUUUUUGCGUAACUUCUGCAAUUUGUACAAUUGUUAUAUCAAUUGUGGGACCCGGAUGACGGUGGAAAGCGUCUGGGAUCGGCACACAGCCGGGGGAAAUCCCUCCUUGACCACCUUCCGAAACAACCCUAUUUUCAUUCUGGAGAAGAAGGCCUCACAACCGGUCACCGUGUUGGUCGAGCUCCGGCGGCGUGAGCCAUCGUGGGUGGAUGAAGAUGGGUCUAAACGUUAUUCGGAUGUCAGCGUCGCGCUUCUGCAGCCUGUGAACCCUACCGCCCCCCCGACCCCGCUCCUCACAAACAGCACCCAUUCCUUUGUGCAGAAGGGCAUCAUGAUGGAUACCCGCGAUGUCUGCAUGUUGAUGGUGCUCCCGUCCACCACCUCCUGUUAUCUUAUUCCCUAUAACAUGAAUCCGGGCCAAACCGGCAGCUUCACCCUCUCCGUGUACUCGGACCGAGCGAAGCUGAACAUUCAGCCGCUAAAAUCCACCGGCCUCUCCCGUACGCCGACGUCCAUUAAGGUGGUUCUCUGCCCCGGUCAGGAGUCCAUUCGGAUCGAUUUCACCGUGAGCUCCCCAGGCGACGUGCACGUCCUCCUCCACCAGGAGAAGAUCACGGAGGUGAUGUCGGUGAAAAACAGCGACAUCAUCGCCGAAGACAGCGUCUCGAUGGCGGGAUUUACGGAGGAUGGAUUCAUGAUCGCCUGUUCCGGCGAGUCGACCAACUCCAGGGAGCACUCCAUGGUGAUGCGAGUUCCCCAAGAAGGCCGCUAUGCGGUGCUCUUGAGCUCACCCAACCCCCCUUUUACAGGCAAUUGUCCCUGUUUACUUUCCUUUUACACCUUCAAGUGGAUCACAAUCAAGUUUGUGCCGACCGCGGUUGGCGUCAAGCCCCUUCAGAUCGGCCGCCGCUCUUUGCUUCCCAAACUCUCUAAUAAUGGCACUUAUCUUCCACCUCGGACCGCACGCACUGCCGCGAGCUCCGAGGAACAACACUGCCAAUUACCCUCAUUAGAUCAACGUCGAGUUCACUCGAUGCGUCAUUAA